AUGACUCUCUAAUAAAAUAGGUAAAAAAAUUAUAUUUAUAAGAGAAAAUUAAUCUGUAAAUAAUCAUGCUAAGAUAAUUUAAAAAUACUAACAUAAAAUGAAAAAUAUCUAUAUGUAUGUAUGCAUGUAUGUAAGUAUGGAUUGAUUGAUCAUAAAACCUGUUUAAAUAAAUUUAAAUUUUUUAAUAAAAUAUAAAUAAUUUUAAUAUUUAUUGUUUUAAUUGAUAUUUACAAAUAGCUUUAAAUAAUUUUAAACUCAAAAUAAUCAUUUAUUAUGUUAUUAAAAUGUAGUAACUAUUUAACUAAUAUUUUUCAUUUUUAUAAGCCCUUUCUUUCUUUCAUUUAUAUAUUAUUUAUUUAUUUAUUAUUUGAUCAUAUUGUAUCAUGUUGUAUGUAUCGCAUUUAGCAAAUCAUCAAGGUUUUAUGA